ACGAAAAGCAAAACCACGUUUAUGCAUAUUCCAAUCAUUAUCAAUAUAAUGUGCAGUCAGACCCAAAUAAUGUAAAUUAUGAUAAGUAUCCUCCCAAAUGUCAGAACAAAUAGUAACCUGGUCAUCAAAGUUUGCAAAAAAAAUUUGUAACUUUGCCUUUUCCGCAUCAUAAAGCCUUAUAAUUUCUUUUUAACCGUUUUGCGACUAUAACCUAUAUAUUGAGGGUUUAAACAAGUUUGUGCAUAAUCUUUCAAAGCAAGACUUUCAGAAAACAAAUAAGGCAAAUUUUCUUCAACAAGUAAGUUAGUCAUACCAGUCAAAUUUUGUGCAUCAUUGUAUGAGAAAUUACCAAAAGGUUGUUGGUUAUUUGCAAAGCUCGAUAUUUGAGGUUGCUUCCCCGUUCCGCUGCCUAAUUUUGCAUACUCCACCUUGUGUUUGGCCUUAAGAUGCCUUGCGGCGGAUCCGUAUCCGCCGGAAAUCCUGAAGCUAUAAUUUUUCUUGCACCACUUGCAAGUUGCGUUCCGAUUCCCGGUGUUCGGGUCCUUCCACUUAUCAAAAUUAUUAAGCAUUAGUUCGGAUUUACUUUUUUGUCGCCUAUUUUUAAAUGAUUUUGAAACUAGACAAUUCCUUGAGGUGGGUGGUGGCAGAGCAUUUCCAUCCGGACUUGGAGUAAAGUGUCAUCACUUACCAAUGAUGGAAGAUCAUUUAAAAGUUAGUGUAGACACCAUUUUGGAGCAGUACUCGAGUGCUCCACUUCCUGUACCUGUUCCCGCUAUAAAUUUGUCUACGUUAGGCGAUGCUCAAGGCACUUUUGUUCAAUGGCCAACUUGCUGGGUGAAAUUUACAAGUGAGGUGAUGAGUAAUAAAUCAUCAAAGGGAAAGAAGAAGUUGGACAUCCAUAAAAAACCAACCAUACAAAGAUCUUUAGUGUCUGAAAAGGUUCUACUGUCACUUACUAGAGAUUGCAAAUGGUUGCACUCGAUGAUAGCAUCCCGAUCUAGUGAUGAUCCCAUUGCUAUUACACUGGAUGCUUCUAUGUUCCAUUAUGAAUCUGAUGAUAGUCAUGCACUUCUUACUAUCGAGGACAUCAGUCAGUUUCUAUCUGGAGCAAUGAUUAACAUUUCCAUUAUUCAAAUAUUUGUGAUAGCAAUGCAGGAUUAUCUACAGGGUCUGGAUACAUUUGCACAACUUGGAUGGAUGUGUCCCGAAUCAAUUUCUUCAACAGCAUGUGAAAGUAACCCUGAAGAUGUGAAAGUUUACAUACACCGAGCAAUCACUGAAUCCCAGAAUGCAGACAUAGAUAUUCUUGUUGCUCCUUAUUAUGAAAAUCAUCACUGGGUAUUGCUUGUGAUUUGGAUCUCACGUGGCAUGAUAUUUGUUGUUUUUCGAAAUACUUGUGCCCAUGGAAGUGAAAAAGUGAACAAGAUCAUUUGGAAACAGAUGAAGUGCGCAAAACAAACAGGCGGCUUAGAGUGUGGAUAUUAUAUGAUGAGAUUCAUGUAUGAUCUGAGUAGAAGUAUCAAUGAAGGUCAAGAUCUGGAGCAGGUGUACACGAGCACCUUACGAGAUGAGGCGUUUUCAAUGGCAGAAAUUCAUGAAAUUCGUGAUAGAUGGGCGAUGUAUGUUUGUGACAAUUUGUUGUAAACUCUAUAUUAGAUUGAAAAUGUAUUAACUAUAUAACUUUUGGCGAAAUAUGUUUGCGACAAUUUGUUGUAAACUCUAUAUUAGAUUGAAAAUGUAUUAACUAUAUAACUUUUAGG